GAAAAUUGUUGCCAGAGAAGUGGUGAUAUUAGAAAGGGUGAUAUCAGAGAAGGUUGAUGUUGAAAAGAAGGUUUUAGAAAGAAUGUUUAAAAGAAUGGUAUUUGAAAUGAGUGGAGUCAGUAAAGGGAAAGGUGGUGUUGGGAAGGGUGGUGGUGUUUAG